GCUCCAGUUCCGGAACGUAUUUAGUUCACACGUGCUAGAAUCACUUUUAAUGUUAUUGGUAACUAGUUGCAAUAUUUGUUAACAGAAACCUGCCAUCAUGUCCGCGGCAACAGCCAAUAGUCGAAAUACCAAAACCGCGGAGCCGCACAAAUCAUGGAAAAAGAUUAACGAGGAGCGAAAAGCACUCAAACGUCAGCGAAAACAGGACAAAGCGCUCAAGGACCUAGAGAGAGCUCAGGAAGCAGAAGCUGCUGCUAAGGAGGCCACAGAUACAACAAAAGCAGCUAAGGCUAAGCCACAUCCAUCCACAGUGAGCAUAGCAGUGCCGGGCUCCAUACUGGAAAAUGCACAGUCCGCCGAGCUGCGCGCCUAUGUUGCUGGCCAAAUAGCACGCGCUGCCUGCAUAUUCCGUGUCAACGAGGUGAUUGUAUUUGACGAUGUGGGCGUGGCAACGGCGCGUGAAACAAAACGUAGCUAUGAGCAGGAUGCGGAGGGCAAUGGCACAGCCACAGUGCGUAGCAGCUCGUUGCAGUUGGCGCGCAUCCUACAAUAUCUUGAGUGUCCACAAUAUCUGCGCAAAUACUUCUUUCCGUUGCACAAAGACUUGAAGUACUCGGGCCUGCUUAAUCCGUUGGACACGCCGCAUCAUCUGCGCCAGCAAAGCAAGUUUCGCUAUCGCGAGGGCGUCGUCUGCGAUAAACAAGCCAAGGAUGGUCACAGCUAUGCAAAUGUGGGCCUGCUGAACGAUGUGCUCAUCGACAAGGCCCUAGAUCCAGGUGUGCGAGUCACAGUCAAAAUGGAUCCACCAAACGAGACCAGUCGAAAACAGCGUGGCACAUUGGUCAGUCCGGAUGAGCCGCGUCGGGAGACGGGCGUCUAUUGGGGCUAUCAGGUGCGCAUUGCACAUUCGCUCUCCGAAAUCUUUACGAAAUCGCCCUAUGCAGGCGGCUACGAUGUGACGAUCGGCACCUCUGAUCGCGGCGCCAGCGUGCACGAUGUGCCCAGCAAAUCCAUUGAGUACAAUCACAUUCUCAUUGUAUUUGGCGGCCUGCAGGGUCUCGAAGAGGCGCUGGCCAACGACGAGAAGCUGACAGUGGACGAGCCCGAGCUGCUCUUUGAUCACUAUGUGAAUGUGCUGCCCAAACAGGGCUCACGCACCAUACGCACCGAGGAGGCGCUGCUCAUAGCGUUGGCUGCCCUGCAGGAGAAACUGCAGCCACAGCAUGCGGAUGUGGAGAGCGAUCUGAGUGAACUGUUGCCGCGCAGCGAACAGACAGGCUUCCCGAUGGCACGCGAUGUGCUUGUGAGCAAGAAAAAGAAGAGAAAGCAUGACGAGACGCCUGCAGCAGCACACGAUACGCCAAUACAGCCCAUAACAGCAGCAAUAUCCAAACCAACUUUAGCUCCAAUGCAUCCAAAUCCUUUUAACGAUCGUGCAGCAGAAGCGGCUGCCAUCGAUACUGAUUUCGAGGUGGUGCCUGCCGCAGCAGUUGUUGCUCCGAGCGCAGCCAGUGACGAGGAUUUAAGUCGAUUCGACUGAGAAGCUGUCGAUCUUAGUUAGUUCUUAUAGUAUACAAUUUUUCAAUUUGAUUUUACUAUAUUAACUAUAUUGUACUGCUCCACGCUUAAUAUAUAUAUAUAUGUACUAUAUGUAGAUGACAUGGCAAUGCUCUGUAUAUUGGUAUAUUAGUUGCGAUAUCUACCCGCAUAUUUUGUUCGUAACAUUUUCACUUAAUAAUCUAGACAAACAAAUUUACGAAAUAUUGUUUUCCGUUAUUAGUUUUAUACAAUACGCGAAUCUGUGUCGGAAUGUGUGGCAGCGUUUGAUUUAUGCUGAGAAGCAACUAUAUAGGCAUUUUACAGGCAUUAUUCAGUCACUUGCA